AUGAUCGUGACGCGCGGAAUCUCGUUAACAAACUUCUUCGUGGCGUCGUCCGCCCUCGCCUUCCAAGUGUUCGUCCUAUAUCCCUGGCACAAACAGCUCGACGACAGCUUCGAGGCCCUGAAGAAAGAACACGUCCGCGUCCUGAAGACCCUCGACCACAUCCAGCACGGCAAGGAGAAGGCCAGUCUCGGAUCGGCUUAA